GCGGGCGGGCGGCAGGAGGCGGGUGGGUCAAGGUUUAUCUGUACUACAGAGUCCCUGAUAGGGGGUUUCGGGGAGCGCUUGGACCCUGGCUUCUGGGACGCGUCAGAAUAUUAUCCAGCAAUGCAAAUGAACAAACUAUAACUACACACAGCUGCAUGGACAAAUGUCAGAAACACGACGUUGAGUGUGAGAAGCCAGAUGCAAACGAGGACUCACUGUACAAUUCCGUGCAUGUACAGUGGCCAGAGACGGAUCCUGCUAAGUUGCCCAGGCUGGUCUUGAACUCCUGUGCUCAAGCAAUCCUCCUGACCUGGCCUCCCAAAGUGCUGGGAUUACAGGAGAAAGGAGCGUUGGCUUUGCUUUCAUCAGGCCAAAAAUGCCUUUCUUUGGGAAUACGUUCAGUCCGAAGAAGACACCUCCUCGGAAGUCGGCCUCUCUCUCCAACCUGCAUUCUAGCUGGCUGUGCAGAUUGGCCAUGUCUUCACAGAAGGCGAGCGGGGUUGAACAACAAGGCUGUGGGGGCUGAGCAUUCAUUCCAGGCUUCAGUCUCAGAGUCUGUUGUCUCCUGUUCCCAGCGAAACAGGCUUCAGGUCUCAGAGUCUGUUGUCUCCUGUUCCCAGCGAAACAGGCUUCCGGUCUCAGAAUCUGUUGUCUCCUGUUCCCAGCGAAACAGGCUUCAGUUGGAUCGGUCAGCCCGGGAGGUGGAGCUGGGCUUGGAAUACGGAUCCCCCACUAUGAACCUGGCAGGGCAAAGCCUGAAGUUUGAAAAUGGCCAGUGGAUAGCAGAGACAGGGGUUAGUGGCGUUGUGGACCGGAGGGAGGUUCAGCGCCUUCGCAGGCGGAACCAGCAGUUGGAGGAAGAGAACAAUCUCUUGCGACUGAAAGUGGACAUCCUGUUAGACAUGCUUUCGGAGUCCACUGCCGAAUCCCACUUAAUGGAGAAGGAACUGGAUGAACUGAGGAUUAGCCGGAAGAGAAAAUGAAGACCCCAGAGACAUUUAUUGGGGAGUAGGAUGUAGCUAAGUGCUUUUUUUUUUUUUUUUUUUUUUGCCCAGACUAGUGGAUUCGGUCCUGGGAGAGAGUAUCAUAUAAUGGGACCCACAGGCACUGGCACCCUUGGGUUGGCAAUAGAAGGUGACAUGGAAUGGAGAAAACCAAGAUUCCAGAUGGGGACAGUAACUAGAAGGUGCUUCAGAUGCACUGCUUGCGGAUGCCAGUCUGAAAACCAGACCGCAUGGAAGCCUGGGGCUGCUGAUGAGCCUUUGGGUGCUCUCCACACACAAGAUUGCAAACACACAUGUCCCAGAAUAGCUCUGUUGGGCCCUGUUGGGAGAAGCGACUGGAGUUCAUUCCCUCACCCCCUUACAUUGGGGUUUGGGGUUUGGCAGCAGUUCUGCAGAGCUCUGUGUUGGGGGUCAUGGAUGAGUGGCUCUCUUGGCUCUUAAAGGCAGGCCUCUCUCCUUGCCUUUAAAGAAUCCUCCUUCCUCACACCUGGCCUCCUCUGGCUUCAGCUUCUCAGCAGCAAGCACCAGCCUUCCACAGCAACACUAUAUUUUUAUGCUACUUCCCUGUUUGCACUACUAUUUUUAUUAAAUGAUGUUAAAUAAUC